AUGAGUUCUAGUCAAACCAAAGACAAUACUCCCUCGCCUACAGAAAAGGUAGACGAUAAAGGAGUCGUAGAUGCCGAUGGAUUGACCGUGAAGGACAUCCUAAAGGCAAAUAUCUUUGGAGGAAAUGUGAGAGAGUCAAAGCCAAACGUAGCUCGGAAGACUGGACAUUCCGUCAAACCAGCGCCAAAAGCCUCUCUGGGAAAGCCUAAACCGCUAAAAUCCAAAAGUACCUCCAUCCCACCGGGGAAACCGGCGGCUGAAAAGUCGUCUCCAAAGGUCUCUGAAGCGGCACCAAGGCCCUCCGCACCGGUUGAAACUAAGCAGCCGCUCUCCAGAAAGUCGAGCAAGUCCCAGUUCAAGCACAAGAGGUCAUCUGCGGAGAAGCCGUCUCCUUCCUUGGAUGAGACACCCGCUGAAAAGGUUGUAGAAGAGCCAAAGAAGGUUCUGGAGGAAGAAACUGUUGAAGAGGUUAAAGCUACACCUCAGGAUGGCGUAACAGAUGAACCCACGGAACAGGUUGUUGUACAAGAGAAAACAGAACUUGAAACUGUCGGUUCGGAUGCUAGAUCUUCGCAAGUUGUGGAUGGUGGAGAUGAGACUACCCUGAAAAUUGUAGAUAGCGGUAGAGUUAAAAAGGACACUUUUACCGUUUCCCCCUUGCCGGAAGAAGAAAAGCGGCAGGGGUCAUUACUUGGGGGAAUUUCAACAUGGUUCCACAAGACAUUCAAGGUUAGAAAGAGCAGUAUAGCCUCCAGCGACUCAAGCUUUUCCUAUCCCAACGUCUACAGGGAUGAAAGAAACAGAAAGGCAAAGUCUGCCCCAAUUGACCCCGUCUCUAUACCAAGACAAUCGAAAAUAAUGCAACUUGGAGAUUUGGAGGAUGGUAGAGGUACAGAGGAGGGAAAGAGUGUAGAUGACCUUUUGGUGGCAAAAACAGCUGCCAAAAAAGUUGCAAAGGACCGCAAGGGUUUAAAGCCACAAAAGAAACAUACAGUUGGCGUCGGAACCUCUUAUGCCCUUGUUGCAGUGUUUUGUCUGGAACUGAUAUUUAACAAGGUAUCUUUCAACGGUCGCUGUAUUUCCAAGGUUUUGUAUCCCUCUGUUAAUGAGACUCCUGUGAAGGUUCCAUACAUGGUAGAGCUCGGCUAUGGAGCAUGUGAAUAUAAUUUGCAGACAAAGGCUGCAGAGAGAGUAUUUUUUGGCACAAAUGCGUCGGAUAAAGGAUGGCCAGAGUCUCUGAUUGAUGGCUCACUUAAUUAUCCAUCAGAUGCCGGAUGGGAUUCGCCUAAUCCCAGAAUCUUUCACUCUUUGGGAGCCCUGAAUACAAAUUAUGUGAGACAUUAUGGUGAGAAUUUUAGACUAUUUUGGAGCAUGUUUUUGCACGGGGGAUUCGUGCAUUUGAUAUUUAAUGUUUGUUCGCAAGUUAUGAUUUUGUCGAUUAUUGAACCGGAGUUAAGGAGGUACCACGAAAGUGGCAAUGUGGACUUGUAUAUGGGUAAAAGUGAAGAGUCAGACUGCAGCAAAGAUAGAUACAGCCCGUAUCUAUAUGUACUCGUUGACGUUUUCAAUAAGAAUGGGUAUACUCAUCCCACUUGUGGGUAUAAGAUAAAACCUAAGGUGAAAUUUGGAGAUCCAAGGAAGGAAUUCAAAACAUACAUACACUCCUUACCAGCCUGGGGAUUUAGUGAACUGUUUUAUUAUUUAGGUAGAAUCGACUACAACAAAUCUGAACAAUCUGGAUUUAAAGUUAGACUAACAAAGGGGACCUGGCGGUCUUAUCAUGAAUACUACAUUCCUACGGGGAUAGGUUCUAAGACUUGGACCAAAGUUGAUAAAGCCAACAAUGUUUAUAGUGGACUUAACAAGAUUGUUAAUGAUGAUACUUUUAAAAAGGUAGUUUCUCUAAACCUCAGCAAGACUAGCGGAACAUAUGCAUUUGAUAGUACGGAUAACUCAUCCAUAAAUACAGGUGUUAAGAUAACUGUUACUGGACAACCAAAUCAACCUCAAGGAUAUAAUAAAUAUACUCACAGUCUUGUAGGAGGUGAAUCAAUGAGGAUACUUGGAACAAAACAUAAUGGAAAAUUUAUCAACUUUAAAAAUUCUGUACUUACAGCUCAGCGUUAUAAUGCCUCUGUCUACUAUGCAAAAACAGAUACUAAGCGUGCUAAACCUCUCAUUCUGGAGCUCGGCUUGGAUAAAGAAGCCACAUACUACAGGCUAGAUAAUGGUGAAAAGUGGGUUAAUGAUAAGAAAAUAAUAUCUAGUGAACUGAAAACUGCACUGGACAAAGAAAGUGGAGCCCAUGUCAUAAAUAUCUCUGAGAAUAGUGACCAAUAUAAGUGUGGUUCCCCUGACUGUAGUACUUGGAUUAAGGUAGAAUCUAGUGAUGAGAGAGACCACAAUUACACUAAACGCAGACAUCAUAUGUCUGGAAAAUUUUCUGUUUCCUCCUUUAUUUGGAGUAGUGGCAAACCUCAAACAGGUCUUUCUUCUCCAACUAAUAUAAAGGAGCUUUUUGUCUAUUUCCAUGAUCAAUCUGAAAGUCCUCUUCUUAUUAACUUUCAACUGCAUAAGGAGAAAAAGUGGUACCAGAAGGUUAAAGGAAAUGAUAAUGAAUGGAGAGAAGUGGCAGAUGAGGCUACUAAGCCUACUAGUGCUGAUGAAAAGAAUAAGAUUCAGAAGCUCCUUACAGAAGAAGAAUCUACACAAGUAACCAUUCAACUUGAAAAGCUACCCUCUUCAUCUGAAACUAGCUAUCAAUCUGAUGGUAAAACUAUUGAGAUUAGGACAGGUGCUGCUGAUGUAAGUGGUUAUUCACAAAUUAUUCAUACUGCAAAGGAUAACGCGAGGUUUAAUGUCACUCAAGUUAUGUACAAGGAUGCUCCACUUAAUGGUAUAUCUUCUCAAGAACCUGUUGAUAGUAUUACAGCAUUUUAUACUAAUUCAGACUCCAAAGGUACUACACCACUUCUUGUUGAGCUAGAAAUUAAAGAGGAUACUAAAACCAAGCAUGAAUAUUGGCAAAGGCCUAGUGGCAAAAAUGGAGAUGUUAUCUGGACCAAAUUAGGGGGGAAGGAAAAUGAGAAAAAUACUGAAGAACUUGAUGGUAAACUACUUGAAGGUGAAAAACUAAAGAUCACACUUGAUGCUCUUAGGAAUAAACACAUUUCUGAGUCAUCUAAUGUAGGUGUUAUAGCCGGUGGUGUUACAGGAGGUCUAGGAGUUACCGGAGGUCUCGUCGGUGACUGGGGAUUUUGGAGAACCUUUAUACUCUUUUUCAUUAGUGGUAUUUCCGGAAAUUUGGUGGCUGCGGUCUUCAGUCCGUCCAUGGUAACAAUUGGUUCAUCAGGGUGUUUGUUUGGCCUUAUAGCCGCCUUGAUUCCAUAUUGUAUCGAAAAUUGGGUAUCUUUGGCGCACCCGUUUGGAAUUCUUGUAAUUUCAAUCAUUAUAUCCGUAUUUGGUCUCGUAUUGAUCAACGGAGAGACCAUCAGUUUCUACGCCCACAUGGGAGGUUGGAUCGGAGGUCUUCUUUGGAGUCUUGCAACUUUAAAGAGCGACUUUAUCCUAAAAGAGUCACCGGCGGUUGAUGGGCUUUUGCUAUCCCCUCUCCUUUCAUGGACUAUGGGUGCUCAGCAGAGGUCAAAGGUCAAGUCAAGGCUUGAUAGAAAAAUGAAAACUGCAGCUCUCAACAAGAAGAGACGAAUGCUCGGUGGUCCAAGGACAAUAAAGGAUACCCUCAACUCUAUUGCCUUCUUCAAGAAUAAGCCUCUAGACAUUAUCAUUCGCAUUUUGCCUCUCGUAGGACUGGUUGCAAUGUUUGUUAUUCUUCGUAAAUCCUUGUACGAUGAAUCGGUUUACUCGACAAUGUUCAAGCCAUCGCCAGAUUCUACGGGUCCUCAGUGCUGUUACCUGAAGGCUAUGAUCAAUGGAAAGAAGGCAUUCUGGUGCUUUGGAACGUAUGAGAGUGCGUCUCACUAUUGCACGCUCAAUUAG